AUGUCCAUGACUCCUGACUCUGUGCCGCCUUCAUUUGGUGAGCGCAGAGGGCAUCGGCUCGCACCGUUACAGACCAACUUCAGCCGCCCGACAGCAGGUGAGCCAACUAAAGCGCCGUCGCGAUUGCAGCGUCCGCGCCCACAUGACUACCCAAGCACCAAUGGCUCCGGCGAGCCAAUUCCUCUCCAGAGCCCAGUCAGACGACAAACUUCCAAGAGCAGUCUGCGCAAUCUGUUCACACGCGACAAAUCUACCCGCGCGGCGCCCCCCAAUAACAAAUUGGCCGAGAUUGAGGAGGCACAAUCCGCAACACAAACAGUCACCGUAGCCGACACCCCUCUUUCUCCCGACAUCUUGUCACCACAGACAGUAGUUUCAAAUAUCACCUUGACCUCCCCAACGACGCCAAAACAACCUGUGACAUUGAAAACCACGCGCCCACCACCGCAGCCAGUUGUCGAUCCUAAACUACGCUCACAGGAACAGUAUGGUUGGAAGCCACCGCCUUUAUUCCAGGCCUACCCACAAUCGUUCAAGCAUGAGUGUCUUGCUGCGCCGGCGAUUUCCGCAGAUUCGAUUCUGCGUCUUCAUGCGACAAUGGGGAAAAGUGAAUUGGACAGUGGCCGAAGCAACUCGCUAGCACAAGACGAGGCGGCUGACGCAGCACGCAAAAAGAAGGAGCAAAAAGAGCGGAAACAUACACGAACUCUAUCAAGUACUAUAAACAAGGUCGAAUGGACAAAGAAAAUAUAUGUGCUUUCUACGACCGGCUAUAUCCUUCAGUACGCAGGCGAAGGCAAAAACGACCGCCCUCCGGAGAGGAUGCUGCCCUUGGGCCCCAAAUCGGUAGCUUUUGCUAGUGAUGCCAUCCCGGGAAAACACUGGGUCCUUCAGAUUUCUCAAAAUUCGACGGCAGACGCCGGCCCUGAGCCACUGGAGCCUUCCAAACCCCGGUUGCGCUUCGGCUUUCACCGAUCCAACACGCGACGGUUGGCAAGCAGCUUCCUCUUGGUUUUCGAUAACCCCGAGUCGAUGAUCUCUUGGCUGACGGUGGUUCGGACGGAGAUUGAAGCUCGUGGAGGGCCUAAACUCACGACCGAGAAACACUCUGAAGACGACGAGAUGCCUGAGCCUCAACUUCGGCCCAAGUUAAGUGUUCGACAAAUGGUGAAGAAAGACCCACAUCGCGUUUCAAGUCUAUUCCUGCAACCGGUGAACCUGCAAUCUCCUCAUGAGGAGGAUGAUGGUACAUCUGUUGGAUGGAUGACACACCAGUCUCGGCGAAGCUCGUAUGUUUCUAUGAACCGCCGUUCGAUAAUUGACUCCCGAGCUGGAUCCAUGUCUACAAACACCUCCGAUGCGCACGGAUCAUCAUUCACAUCUGCAGACCCUCCGGGAUCUCCACCAGAAGUUCCCUUGCCCCGUGAUAUGGAGUCAACAUAUACACGCAGUCCACCGACAUCCAGCCAGAGCAAGCGCCAAUCUCAUUUCAUGUCUCAGCCACAGGCUAUUCCAAACCCUUCUCGUGAAGAACAUAUUCAACCCAGUCCACCACCAGCCGCCUUCCCCGAAGAAUUGGCUCGAAGCGCCUCUCCGCCAGCCCCCAACUUCAGCGUUCCUUUAUUCAGCAAAAAGUUUGCGGCGAGGCCGGGACCAACACCUAUCGUCAGUAGCCAGCCCUCAUCGGUGGCUGAUGUUCUUUGGCGAGGCGAGAGCACCGAGUUCAACAUCUCAAACAUUUCCUCUCCCCCGCAGUCGCCCACCUACAGCGUGGCAAGUUCGCGCCACACAGAAUCUUCGGAGCCAUCCUUUAUGCCUCUCGAUGCAACUAGUAGGCGGACCUUACGGACAUUCAAUUCCGAGGACGCUCUAUCAAGAAUGGUGCGCUCGGGACAACCAGCCCCGAAUUUCUCCCGCGUGCCUCGUCCCUCCGACACGAGUUCUCCGCCUUCCAGGCCUCUGAGCUUGGCUGGUCGCUCUGGACUCGGCAUCCAGAUGUACCCAGAGCCACAACUGCCUACCAUGUCCCCACCGCUUCCUCCACCUGAGCCUGCUCCAAGGCAACCCCUGCCUCCCUUACCUACCGAGGCCCAACCCCCCUAUACCAUGUCUCGCCGAAAAAGCAUGCCAGGCCUGGGCCUAUCGAUGGGCCCUCCAGCUCCACCACCAAACUGUCCACUCCCUAAGAUCCCUCCCUCCAUUGCCGCGCAGGCGCAGGCUCAGGCGCAGGCUCAGGCGCAGGCUCAGGCACAGGCUCAGGCACAGGCUCAGGCACAGGCACAGGCACAGGCACAGGUACAGACACAGGCACAGGCACAGGUACAGACACAGGCACAGGCGCAAAUUCCUCGACCAGCCAACACCUUGGAUACCAGCCGGUUCUACGGCUCACAGCAGGUCCGUGAGCACGUUCAGGACCGACGAAAAAGCAACCUCGAGGAGGCUCCACCCCCACUAUCCGGGAAGCUUACCAAGACUGCCGCUCGCCAACCUCGCAUGAUCCUUCAAUGA